AUGUCUUUGGCGUUUAUCAAAAGGGCCUUCAGCCUCAAGAAGAAUGUUGAUGAGCAUCAUAUUGAGGACUUUUUAAGGUGGCAUCAUAUAGAAGGAUUUUGCAACGCUACGCAACUGUCAAAAAUUUUCCGUAAGAAUGCUCUGCGACUUAUAGUCGUUAGGAAAUCGAAUGAGUCGAACCAACCCCGAUUGCCCAUUUUUGACAGUGGAGACGAUAAAGUGUCUCUCGCUGAGAUUGCUUUUGGUUCCUUUUCUUUAACUCAUCAAAAAGAUUUAACAUCUUCUAUUAAACUGCAUGACCUCAGAUUUAGUCGCCAUGUUCUGCUUACGUAUGUGUACUAUCCUUCGACAAGACGCGUUCGUACAUCAAUUCCUGCUUCUUAUGGUAGAAAGCAGACAGCAAGUGCAUCGAUUGAUAUCUGGUCGAACAAUCUCUCUGUACCCUCCCCUACUGACUUGACUGUGGCGAUUUGUGUGCUAAUAAAUACCGAUUGGGCUCAUUCCCUCGCCAAGUCUAUUUCCAGCGGAUUCAACCCUAAUUCCAAGCCAACGCUACCGAUUGACCUGCUUGAGAGAUUUUAUGCACUACUUUUUGAUCAUUUUCUUCAAAUUAGCGUGUCAUUUCAGGCGCUCUCUGAAGUGGUUGGACAUUUGCUUACAACUGGCGCAUCUAACCACCCUCAAAAAUCAAACCUGAAUGAAAUUCAUGAGAAAAUCAACCGAGCAUUUAUGGAUUUUCAGCGCAAUUUCCGCGACCUGUGCAUUCCCAGGCUUUGUCGCCCUGUCUGGCCCAGUCUUUCACUCGCUUACGCCUCGCAGUCUGACACACCUACUGGAUCAAGACGGCUAUCUGGUAGAGGAUCAAGUCCUUAUCAGAGUUUUCCACUGAAUAUAACACCUCUUCCCACUCACUAUGAAUCAGUGUCCAAUUCCUUUGUUCGUGGGUGUCUGUGCUCAUUAAUCUCGAGGAACAUGUCCAGGGAUCGUUGUCACUUUUUGGCUCAACUCGUGACUGGUAUCCUGAUGCAACAUCGUGGCUGGAUAGCUACAGUGAUGCUGAAAAUUCAAAAUCCUAAUGCUGACUCUGAAUGGACUGUUUGUGAAGCCCUGAGUGAUGGCUUCGCUCGAGUAAUGACAAGUGGAGGCGGAGUGGAGAAUUCACUUUUGAUUCAGUACCUGGUUCAAUCAGGCUGUGACUUGAAUCGUCACUCCUGUGAGGACGCCAAAAUCCUAAAUACCUCCGGUACCGCCUUAGCUACUACGAUUCUCUACGGCAACGCUGGUGGAAGUGGACUUCAACAACAACAACAUCGGGAUCGCCUUCUAGCACUACUCUACUUCACCUCUUACUUCCUCCGACCUCCAUACUUCCUUCUCCAGGCACACGAACAGCUACCUGAUUUGGGUGUCGCCGAUCUCUACGAAUUGGAGCAAAGGAAGCGGAAAUCUCUACAACGCCCUCACGGCGGCAGCAGCAGCAGUCGACGCAAGUCAAGUAGUCAACUCAGUGCACCUCUGAUGAUUGGUCAACGUGGUAGGGUGGUGGAUAUUUACGACUCGGGUAUCGCUUCACAGGAGGACCUGAGUGCUGCUGUACUUCAAACUCUACAGCAGUACUCCUCCAGUGCCGGUUCGAGCCCCAAUCAUCCGCCUGUUGGCGCCUCAGCCAUCUGUCUGCCUGGUCGCCUGACGCAUGAGCAGUGCCGCAUAGCUGAGGCCGCUGCUCAAGCCCUCGUCUCGCGCGAAUUUGCCGCUGUUGCUGCUGCUAACGCCACUAAACCACUGCAGCAGCAACAACAACAACAGCACAACCCUUCACAACAUCCCUCUCCCACUUCACCCGUGUAUACCGAUGCACCAACGUCUAAACACCGGGAGCAUACGUGGACCAUGGGCAUGGUGGGACGAAAUCGAAAAAUGAUUGCGGGACUGCUUGCUGCUUCAUCAUCAGUCGGUGAAAGCGGAGGUGGCGAUGGUACCGGCAACAACGGGGACAUUACUGGCGGCGCCUUCUACUCCUCCAUCACACCAAACGUCUCCGCAGGUGUACCCUGUUUCAGUACCUCCAUCUCCUCAACAUCAAAUAAUUACAAUGACCUCACGGAAAUCCCUCUACUUAUCGAAAAGUGGUAUGAUUAUGAGUGGGACAAUUGUUGGUGCCUCGGAGAAGGAAUUGGUCCGGCGGUGUUGGGAAAAAACUAUUGUUGCGGUGGGAGCGGUGGCUCUACAGCGCGCGCGGCCGCCUCGCCUGUGACCGUGCACUAUGGCUCCUCGGUGGAGCGCUACUCCUCCAUAGACAAUGACGACUCCGUGGAGGUGGGAACCGUCUGUCACGCAGAUAUGGAGUCCUCUGACGAUGGCACACAGAGCAGUCUGGGCGCUGGCGGAGGCCCCGAGCUCACCUUGCACAGUCCCAUCAGCUCCUCCGUACUAGAGCACUACACCAGCGGUCUUGCUCUUCAGGCCACCACCGAAUCCGCCACGACUUUCCGCGGACGCCUCGUGGGUGACCUUGCCUCAUGGCUGAGCUUCGCGCCCACCCUUCUUCGACGCGCUGUUGCCCCUCCCCCCAUCAUCCGGCCCAGAUCACGCUCCCGUUUCUCUAGCCACUCUCCUCAGCCUUCACACAACGCUUUCCGAUGCUCCGCUCUCCUUGUCAACGUUGACGCCUCCACCGUCGAGCUAUUGACUGUAAAGAGCGGUGCUGUGGGAACCACCGGUAGCCGAAAGAGAAGUCGAAGUUCGAAGAAGCCAACUGAUUCUCUUUCAGCAGCAUCAACGUCACCUCUAAGCUUUUUCUUGCCCCCAAAUGCAUCUGUUACUGGGUCGUUCGAGGUCGCUGGUCGAAAGACCUCAGUAACAUCGAAUUCAGACUCCUCCACCGACGAAGAACACGCAGAUGCACCAGCAAGCCAGUCACGCAUCCUGGUGCAUUCACCUUUAAUUUUGCGCCUUUUGGAGACAGUCAAGUUGAUCUACGAUAGGUCCGGUGGGUGUUCUAGCAUAGCCCUCCAACACUUAGAAACGGGGUUGCAAAAUCUCUGCAUCCUGGGUUGUACCCUGGCCGAUCUACUGGUGCCCUCUAUUACUUCGCCAGAUGGGGGUCCCGAUGCUCCGCUCAUCUUCAAACAAAAUCCGGAGACUAUUGCGAAUAUUAUUGGAUGUCAUCGUAGUGAUCUUCCACUGCUGUUGUCUAUUGCGGGCUCAGUAUCAUGUAAAGCAGCAGCGGUAAUAGAGACGUACGAGCUGGACCAAAUGUGGUGA